AUGGAAUUUGAACGUAACCAGGGGAAACUCGAAGAAACAGUGAUUCGAAUCCUUAAAGGUGCCGAUUUAGAAAUCACCAACGAGCUUGUUGUUCGAAGAGAGGCCGAAAGACUGCUUGGCAUCGACCUAUCUAAUAUAACUAGCAAGCGGAUAGUUAGACGAGUCGUUGAGUCGUUUUUGCUGUCUACUUUGCCGAUCGAUGAAGUUCAAGAAGGAACAGAGCACGUGGAAGAAGUACAAGUGGAUAAACCACCUGUUGACAAUCAAAAAGAUGCUUCUGAUGAUGGUGGUGGACGUGUUAUAUGUAAGCUACCAGGUAUGAUGAGAGUGUCAGUUAAAAGGUUUAAAAGGACAAAGUUGUUGUCAAUAAGGGAGUACUAUCAAAAAGAGGGAAAGGUGUUUCCUUCUGGUGGAGGAAUCACCUUGAACCCAAAAGAAUGGUCAACAAUUCGUCCUAGUUUUGAUGAUAUACAAGAAGCCAUCACAAAAAUGGAAUCAAUGAUGAGAUUAGAAGGCAAUGGAAUGAAGCAAACUUCAAAUCCAUCAAGAUCAAGUAGGUUGCAAAGUAUUGUGCCUCGCCCACUCAUCCCGAUUGCAACUACACGUUUCACAGGAAGAAAUUACUACUGCUGGAAACGCCAAAUAGAAUUGUUUCUAAAGCAGUUCAAAGUGUAUUAUGUUGUUACUGAAUCAUGCCCAGAAAUCUCUGUUUCACCAGCAGCAUCUUUGGAAGAGAUCUGUUUGGCGAAAUCACAUGCAUAG